UCUAUCCAUCAAUGUUCGCAUUCGCAAAAUAUCACAAAAAAUAGUUUUCUUUUUCACGCACUAUCGCUUAAUAACACAAAUGAAAAUAGCAGCUAUACAGUUAUAGAAUAUCAAUCAAAUGUGCAGCUAUGACACAGCCGAACCAAGUAAACGUAGACAUUGAAAAUGUUCCUCCAUCCGAAGUAUCGCCUCGGAAUAAUGUUUUGGUCAGAUUGGACUCUAUUUCUAGGCCUUCGCCAGCAAACAGGAACAAUGUGGGGCUCGGAGACCGCCUUAGCAGUGUCUUCAGGGAGAUUAGACCACUCGUUGAGCAUGCCCGAAUGGGUAAUAAUGCAAGGUUAUCCCUUCCCACAUGGCUUCCUCGGAACCCACCUGGCACACAUCAAGCAACAGAAGUUCAAAGACCACAGAGUUCUAUAGCACAUGUGAACUUGGGCCCCAACGCCCAGACUUACAUAGUGAAUGAGCGGGUAGUGCUGGGGUCCCUGCCGUUGUCCCCGACACAUGGAAUGAGUAAUGUGGCCGUUGGGGAGCCUGAGGCCCCUGAGCCUGCUACAGACCUCCAGGACAUCAAUGUGUCUGUCAACCCAUCUAACAAUAACAAUAUACAUGACAAUGUGGAUAAUGAUAGCCAAAGUGAAGAUGGCACGCAACAGGUAGUAGAUGUGCGUGGAACACUGAACCUACUGAUCCGCUACGCGCCAUUCUACUUUAUCCUGUUCAUCAAGUUCCUGUAUGACGCGCGCGCAGGGCUCUUUGCCUUUUUCCUGCUCUUCUUCACGUUCUCACAUGGAAAUACUGCUGUUAAGCGAGAGCACGCCGCGCAACUGAACCGCAGCAUAUUAGGGCUCGGCUUCGAGCUGGCGUGGACGGCCGGCUUCGUGGCCGUGGUGCACUACGUGUUCGGCGACGGCAAGCUGCUGCCCAACGUGGUGAUGUUCCCCGCCUACGCCGGCCCCAUCGACGUGUGGGAGCUGCUGUGGCUGGUCGUGCUCACCGACCUCAUCGUCAAGAUCAUCACGGUGGAUGUCAAGAUACUGCUCACUAUGAUGCCUGCGUGCUUGCUGCCCUUUCAGAAAAGGGGUAAAGUGUACCUGUUCGUCGAGUCGGUGUCGCAGCUGUACCGCUGCCUGCUGACCAUCCAGCCCUGGCUGUUCUACCUCAUGCAGUCCUACGAGGGCUCCGAGAAGAUGGUCGGCAUGUUCCUCGUCUCCAUAUACGUGGUGGCUAAGCUGAUUGAGCUGCUCAUGAGGAUACGGCUCUUCAAGAACGCUACGUGGACCAUGCUGCAGAGUGUGAAUUUCGGCACGAAGCCAACGAGCGAGCAAGUCCUCGCCGCGGGUGAUGCGUGCUCUAUCUGCCACGACGACUUCAAGACGCCCGUGCGGCUGUCCUGCUCUCACAUCUUCUGCGAGCCCUGCAUCUCCGAGUGGUUCGACAGAGAGCACACGUGUCCGCUCUGUCGCGCCUCCGUCGAGGACGGCCAUGCGUGGCGGAACGGUUCCACGACCUUCGACUUCCAGCUGUACUAGUGUGAACGCUCAGCGGAAUAGUGUGGCGAGUUAGGGCUCGGUCGAACCUUUAAGUUCAAGUUAAGUCUUGACGUGAAGGCUCGACAAGCCAUCUAAUCGAAUGCAGUGGACUGCAUGGUAUGGACGGUAAAAGCACUUUGGUGUUCUAAAUGAGCUUUAGCGUGAUUCUUGUUUAGGUUAAGCUUUGGUUAAUUAAGCGGAAUGCCAAGCCGGUGUGACAGUCGGGAGCGAGAGAAUUCAUGUCUUACGUUUGCCUCUUGCGUGGAGGCGGUCGCGUAGCUCAGGGUGGUAUUCCAUCUGUCCAAUAUCUUGGUCCAAUGUCAUUGCGUCUCACUCUCUCAUUAAGCAAAAUGUGAGACAAAAUACACAUUGGACAAAGAAAUUGGAUAGGCGAAAUAACUUUCAUGCAUCCCAAAAAGGUUUAAUAUUACAAGUUAUAUAAAAUGCUCUUUAUCCUUUCGCACCUACACCAGACCGUGGAUAGAUCCGUGGAGUUUUGAUUAAUAUUAGAAUUCAAAGCCUACUUACACGGAUCUAAGUUCGUCACGCCGGCGAAGAUUGGCCUACAAGUUAACUAUCUCUGAGUUCAAGCGGGCGUCCAUUAGCGAAAAUAUUAUUUAAAUAUUGUCUUGUAGAAGGCUUUUUGUGUCAGUUCGUUAUUUAAUCUAUGUAUUCGGCUUCAAUAACCUAUUUUUGUGAUAAUUUUACGUCUAUAGGCCUUCUCUCCUUGUUUACUGAUAUAUAUUGAGGUAUAUUUACCUGUAUAUUAUGUUAGAUAUGUUUGUGGCUGAAUGCAAGCGCUAGGUCCGUCAGUGUCCCGGCCGGCAACCUUACCGCAACCGUGAUAUUAUAUUGGUCAGUGUAGAUAGUGUUUAAAGCUAUAUUUUCUUACUAUCCUUGUUGUACAUACAGUAGCGGCGUCGUGUCUAUAACACAGAUUACGUGAUAUUACAGAAGAAACGUUAGUCUUUAAAAACAUUUUAUAUUUGUCACGCGGUGGGAUUACCGUUCCUUUUUAAUGACGAGGAAUAAACUGAACUGAUCAUAAUAAUGAUAACUACCGAGAGCAGUAAUAAUUCGUGGAGUGUCUUCUCUGGUAUUACGUAAUCUAUGGGCACAGACAGCAAAGUAGGAUAGAUUUGAACCACGAAUGUGUCCAAAUUAUUGUUCCCUAUAAACCAUUAAGGUAGGUCGAUAAAAAUGUUCAAAAAAAAUUAGGGUUAUUCUUACUACUUACCAGCGAGUUGUCACCAGUGGUAACAACUGGGUUUUUUUUUCACCUACUUGGUUGUAACUAGUACAGUUUUAGUACUGUAUGAUACAGUGUACAUCACUGCUAGAUACUUGAAUUAUUAAAACAGCAUUCUGAAAUUACAAGGCGGUUUUUGGAGAUUCUUGCUUGCCACAUAGCUACUCUAAAAUGAUUGGUUUCUGAAGAAUUUCCCACUUUGUGCGGCAGUGAUAAACGUUUUUUUUUUUUCAAUAAUUCUUAUAAUUUAUUAAGAUUAAAAUUCAAUAUAUGCGAGGUAUUUACAUAUUAGCAUUCAAAUAGAAUUAGACCUUAUCACUGAGGAAUAAGGUUGACUAAAAUACGCUUAUAGAAUGGCGAUGUUCAGUGGCCUGUGCGACUGCGAUGCAAGUUAAUAUUGGAGGUUAUUCACUCCGUGCAUGGCUGUGGCGCCGCCCUAGUGGGCGUGGGACAUAUAUAUUGUUCAUUUGACAGUUGGCAGCUGACAAAUAGCAUGAACAUGUCGCCCUAGGAAACUUCAUAUUAUUCUCCACAUCGUGCGUUGGCGUCGCUUGUAUUUCCUCCACCACCAAUUUCGCACAUAGCCAAUAGCUUGGCGCCCAAUUUGCGCCUCCGCAUACUACUAGUGAUAAUGAUAUGGUAGCCUUAAUGCCUUUCUGAUAAGAUUUAAAAAUGAUCAGUUCACUGUGCAGUACAGUGUUUCUAGGUUCCUACGGCCUAAAUCCGCGUAGACUGUUGAUUCUUUACACCCUCAAAUUCAUAAAAUCCUGUACAGCCAAGGACCCAAGUUAAAUUGACAAUAAGAUUACUAGAUUAUGUAGUAUGGAUGAGAAACCAUACUCUUUUAUUUUUUACCCUAUUUUAUUUUAUUUUUUAAAUACAUAUAUCAAUUUUGGUUAUUAACCAUCCAUUAUCUCUCUGUCUUGUGUAAAUCGUAGUGAUGUUAAGCAAUGCUUUUUAUCUAUUUUAUUUUGAUAAUUUUCAUUAUAAUCCCCGUCUAUUCUUAAUUUAUUUGAAUAAUUCACAUACCUCUGACUGUUAAAUGUGGUAUCAUGAAAUGUAGUUACACUUUAAUAUGAAAUAUUAUUGAAGAUUUCACAAAACAUAAAGUAACGACUCCUGAUUUAAUUCCUAUGAAAAGAACUGAUUUUGAAGACAAAAAUAUGAUUUUAAUCGCAUUUAAGUUAUAGUUUUCGGCUCAAUUUUAGUAAUAUAGAUUAGUUUUUAGGUUGAUGAUCCAAAAAAUGCCAAAACAAAUAUAUGUAUUAAUGAUUACAUUAUAGAAUAAUUAAAUUUCCUAAUUUCCAUAAAUUCCGCGCCACAACAAUAGUAACUUGCCCAUUCAAAAGUGAACAAUGUCAUAGAUCUGAAAAUCGCUUGCGUUGGUGACAUACUUGUUGGAACCAAAGAGAAUAGAUAGUGUAGAGGGGUCCUGUCAUAGUAAAUUUUGUAGUCACAGUAAAUUUACUGCCAUCUAUCGACACACGACUAAAACUCAAAAUGAAAACGUAUAAAACUAUCGAAAAAAUUUAAAUAUAUGGAUAAAUGAUUUUAUUAUUUUUAAGAUUUCUAGUAACAUGGAAUAGUGUUUCGCUAGACCUUUCAUUACAUUUUGAAUACAUAUAUUAAUAACAGGUACACAGUGGGUGUACCUGUUAUUAAUAUGGGUUCAUGGGUUUGACAAACGUAAUUUACAAAACAUCAUUAAAGUUUUAAUGUUCUCGCUUAAACCUAAAACGAUCUUCAUAAUUUUGUACCUACCAUAGAGCUUACGAAUACUUAAGAGUUUGUGCGGAAAGAGAAGAGUCGUGGAAUGUAAGGGAGCCCAUACAUUUCACGAUUCUUCUCUCCGCACAGACUAUAGCUGUAUUGCAGUUUCAUUAAGUAUACAAAUUCACUAAUUAACGCCCGUUAUUAGGGUUCCGUACUUCCGUAGUCAACUAGGAACCCUGAAAAGUUUCGCGUUGCGGUGUUUGCCACAACUUAAAACAACAUGUAAAUUAUUUAAAUACUUAUAUAUAAGGACAUUGUGAUAAAAAUCAUGAAUCGUGUUAUUUAUUUUAUAUUUAAUUAUGAAUCAUUGCUCUAUUAGUAAUUAUUAUAAGCACACUUGCACAAAUCAAGAUGUACAUAUUUAUGUUGAUUCUCCAUACGAAGUACACGUCGCGUCAUCAUCUCGUGUUUUGAGUUUAUAACCAUUUGCCUAGUCAGAUUGCCAAACUUUACCUUUGCUUCUAUUACGUAUGUAGGUACUAUCCAUAUUUGAGAUAAACAGACAUUACAAAAGCGAUGGAAAUGGAAUCAGUUUGCAUAAACAGUAAUCAUUCAGAAAUAAACCUAAUUUUCCUCUACUCUCAGAUAUUGUAAGGCGGCAUUUGAAUAUUGUUUCGCAUUUACCACUAGUUUGUGAUUGACAUUGUUUUUAUACUUUAAUCCUUUUCCAGGCAUAGAAUCAUUUAUCGACCACAUACGCGACGCGCAAUAGAAUUUCAACUUUAGCAUUCGGAUUUAAGGUUCAAAUUAGAUUGCACUUUCGGGAAAUGUGACUUGUCUUCAAAUGAAUCAUUAAAGCUGGAUUAAUUGGAAUAUAUAUUUGGAUUUUGUGGGAAAACCUUGUAGAUUGGUGCGGCCUGGAAAAGUGUUAACGUAUACAGAAAAACAACAAUAUUUAAAUCACUUCGCCUAAUUAUAUUAUGCGUGUACUAUAGACUUUAUGAUUAUGAGAAUAAGGUAGAAAAUGAAAUGUAUAAAAACAAUUUGCUAUCAGAAACUAGGGGUAACCAAGGUGUACUUAUUUACGACAUGUCAUGAACAUUCCAUUUAUCUAUAAGUUAAUUACCUACAAGGUGUUCUAAUGUUAUAUAAUCUAACUUUAUGUGCGUAUACAAAUUUGUUGUUUCCAGGAAUUUAAGUACGGUGCUUAGAGAUAUUUCCGAAUAAAGGGUUAAUUCCGAAACUGUUCUUCGAAAUAAAGUAUGAAAGGAAAAGUAAUGUCCAGCGAGCUGCAAAAGUACACACCCACUUUAUGAUUGAAUUCCAUUCAUAAUGUGUCCAUGUAAAUUUGCAGCACGCCGUAAGUACAUUGGAUCAUCAUCAUCAGUUUUUAUUCAGGAUUUUUACUAUUUUCGGAAUGAUCCAAAGCACAGUUUAAAGUAGAGGAGUGCCGUAUUGUAAAUAUGAAUAGAGUCUGUGCGGAAAGAGAAGAGUCAUGGAAUGUAUGGGGCCCAAUACAUUACACGACUCUUCUCUUUCCGAACAGACUACUAUGUAGAUGAUUACGUUCGAAGGCAAGACACACUACACGCGGCGGAAGGAGGCUACGACAAUAAAAUCCAAUGUUUACAAAGAUUCAUCUUCCUAUCCGUACUCUGAUCCGUCCGUAUGUCCUCAUGAUAUCUAGGCGACAGUCGGGUCAAUCGGGGUCGGCAAUAGUAUUCAAACCCCUUCUAAUAUUGAAUGCCGGAUAAAAACAAUCCGAAUGUCGCAAUAAUACAACAUUGUGGUUUAGUAACGAAGUGUCACGAACGCAGUCCUCAGCAGUAGAUUGUUAUGUUACUCGAAACGGACUCUGUGUUACUAAGGAAUAAUGCACAUGGUGCUCGAAAACUCCUUUUGAGGAUCCGUAAUAACGAAGCAACGAGUGACUUAAACUGUACCUCUGUAUUGUGAAUUAAUGAACCCCUGUAGAUAAAAUAUAUGAAUUAAAAGAUUACCAAAUUGAAAUAUCAA